ACGUAUAUCCAAACGUGAUAAAUUAAUUUAUCUAAUAAUAAACGCUCUCGUUCUAGAUCCCAAUUACGACAAAUCAAAACGUCGUAGUUGUGAUGAAUUAUUUGUCGAGGUGUUUGCUUGCCAAGUGUGAAGAUGUUAACACGUGUAGCAUAAAGAAGGAGGUCUGUUGUCGGCGAAGAGUUGACCAUGGCGGUUGUUUAAAAGUCAAAAAAUUUGUUGUCUGUUUGUCUGAAAAUAGAGUCCAUUUGAUUAUUCUACAAAUAAGAAGAGGAAAUGGGUGAUCCUUUUUUUCAAAAUGUCAUGCCUGAGUUUGUUGCAGAAUUAACAACAGCUGAACAAGAAGUAGAAGAAGAAGUAGUCACUGAAGGCUCUGAUGAAUCGCUCAUGAAGCUUCUUUCGAUGCCCUACGCCACUCUCUCAGAGAGACUCAAACAAGCCGCUUUGGAUCUUAAAGAAACAGCAGUGAUAGAGACAUGGAGGGUCACUGGACAACACGUACAAGACUUCACUCUCUAUAGCGGUACUCUUGGCACUGCAUUUUUGCUCUUUAAAGCCUAUCAACUUACUAACAACAAAAACGACCUCAAUCUCUGCUCUGAGAUUGUUAGGGCUUGUGACUCUGCUUCUCUCCGCUCCAGGGACGUGACAUUUUUAUGUGGGCGAGCUAGUGUUUGUGCACUUGGGGCUUUUGCAGCAAAGCACACUGGCGAUGAUCAGAUGCUUAAUUACUAUCUCACCCAAUUUAAAGAAAUUAAGCUGCAUAAAGAUCUCUCAAGUGAACUAUUAUAUGGGAGAGCUGGGUUCCUGUGGGCAUGUUUGUUCCUAAACAAACAUAUUGGGGAGGGAACAAUUUCUUCCUCGUACAUUGGUGCGCUUUUGAAUGAAAUUGUCGAGGAUGGAAGAAUAUUGGGUGUUAGCGGACGGUGCCCACUGAUGUUUGAAUGGUAUGGUGAACAAUAUUGGGGUGCUGGUCAUUUAUUGGCUGGGAUUAUGCAUGUUUUGAUGCACGUGAAAUUGAAACCAGAAGAGGUUGAGGAAGUCAAGGGCACUCUCAAAUACAUGAUCAAGAAUAGGUUAUCUAGUGGUUACUACCCUUCCAGUGAAGAAAACUGUGAAAGAGAUGUUCUUGUGCAUUGGUGUCAUGGUGCUCCUGGUUUGGUCCUCACACUCAUCAAAGCAGCAGAGGUUUUUGGAGAUAAAGAGUUUCUGGAAGCAGCUGUGCAUGCAGCGAAUGUAGUGUGGAAUCGAGGCCUACUAAAACGAGUUGGGAUUUGCCAUGGUAUUAGUGGGAACGCAUAUGUGUUCCUCUCGCUCUACCGGCUUACAGGCAAUGUGGAGUUCCUAUACAAGGCCAAAGCUUUUGCUUGCUUUAUGCUUGAUAGAGCUCACAAGCUUAUAUCAGAGGGACAAAUGCAUGGAGGAGAUAACGGUUACUCCUUGUUUGAAGGAAUUGGUGGUAUGGCUUAUCUUUUCCUAGACAUGAUUGAACCUACUGGUGCUAGAUUCCCAGCUUAUGAACUUUGAAAAUUUUCAAAUACUGGGGAGGAAAGAAAAGAAAUGGAUGUAUAAUAACGAAUUCGUGUCCUUUUGAGUGUACGUGUUUAACUGUCUCCGGCAUUUCUAUUCUAGUGUAUUACAGAUCUUGUUGCAAAAACUUCUUUCCCUAUAUCUACAUUUUGCAUGCCCUUUAUUUCAUUCAAAAA